GAGCCGCCCGCUUUACAUUAGCCAAGUGACCUUCGCCGCCCGCUAAGAUGCUCCAGCUCCGCAAGCAAGUUGUGCGCCGCGCGCUGCAGACGCGCGCCAUCGAGUGGACCGCCAUCUCGCAGAAGCUGACGGACCCGCGCGCGCGCGCCGCCCUGGACAGCCUGCGCGAUGUGCACGGCCAGAUCGCCGCCGAGGCCCGCACGUACGUCAAGGAGCCCGAGGCCAUCGACUUCGACUACUACCGCUCGGUGAUCAAGAACAAGGAGCUGGUGGACGCCAUGGAGUCCAACUACAAGAGCAUCUCCUUCCCCACCAUCUCCCCCGAGGAGCUGGACGCCGCCUCCAAGUCGGCCGACCUCCCCGAGGAGCUGCGUCUCAACGAGCAGGAGACCGUCGACAAGCUGUUCGCCCAGCUGAACGAGAAGGUGGCGGACUCGAAGGCCCGCAUUGAGGAGCUCAAGGAGCUGAUCGGCCUGAUGGAGGAGACCCGCACGACGCUGGCCACCACCAUGGACGAGGUGACGGCCAUGUACCCGGAGGUGGAGGAGGAGAUCGACGACGAGAUCGCCAACCUCGAGUGGGAGAAGGACACGCAGUAAGCGGUCGUUCGGACAAAGAAAUCUCCUGCGCCCAAAGAUACGGGAAGACUCGAGCUCGUUUACUGAACGGCACAGCACGGCACACACGACCUCGAGAGUCAAAGUGUUUUGUUUGGUGUUUGGUGGGAGCAGAGACGCCUGUGCCUUGGACUCGUUAAAAUGCCAACUCUUCUCAACACGGAAAUUGAAGUGGGUUUGUGCCUCU